ACAUAGUGACACAGUUUGGCUCACACAUACACAAUCGAAUGGGACACUCCCGAAGAGAGAUUUCCUUAAAGAAGUUUCAAUAGAACUGUCCGGUUGCAUAGAAUCCUCAUUUCCGAAUCAGCUGCUGAAGCAUCCAGUGCCCUAGACCAGACUUCUUAAGCAACACAAGAUGAAAACGAUUGCUGCCCUCCUGUCUGUGGCCCUGGUCCUUCUGGCACAAUCCUGCCUGGUGACCGCGGAACCGAAAAAUUACGAGUUUGCCAACAUGCCCACCCUAAACCAAACGCCACCAAAGGAGAAAAAGACGGAAGCCGUAGUUGGAAAGCUGGUGCGGGCCAUUUCCGAUGCCAAGCAGGCCAGAUUAAUAGCUGGGCCGCAACCCUUGAUCAACAUUAUAGCCAAUUGCGGUGAAGUCAUGUCGAUGUUGGGUGUGUCGCAACCCAACUGGAACCUCUACGAUCAGCUGGAUGCGUUCUUCUAUGUGGCCGAACUGUUGCCACAGCAAUACAAUCUGAACUACGUUAAAAGGCACUGAGAUGGAAAUAAAUUGAUUGGUAACUGUA